CCGUGCAACCGAUCAGUUAACACAAAGCGCACAGCUGAAGAAGUCAGGAUUCCCUGGAGUAAACAUUUCACUAUAACAGCUGUGGAAGGGACUUUAAGUUUUUGGGGGUGGUGAGAUAUUUGGAGAUUUUCAGUGGAGACUAUACAGACACACGGACAAAGUGAUUUUAUCAGGUGUCCGUGAUGACAUACGAUAGCGCCCUGAGACAGGUGGGGGAGUUCGGGACAUACCAGCGGAGGGUAUAUGUCCUCCUGUGUCUCCCAAUCAUCACCAGCGCCAUGCAGGUCAUGGUGACCGUCUUCAUCCUGGGGGUGCCUCAGCACAGGUGUUCAAUCUCAGAAAACGAUACCUACAAGAUACAGGGCACUGGGCACGAAACGAUGAUCAACCGCAGUGUACCGCCGUCCGCAUUAUCUCUGUCGUCACCUUACUCCCAGUGCGAUUUAUACAGUUACCAUAGCGACAACCAAUCAAGUAUCGAGGAUUCCAGCUUCAUGCGGAAGUGUUCGAAGUGGGUCUACGACAAGACGGAUUUUCUGAGUACUUUUGUGACUGAGAUCGAUCUCGUAUGUCACAAAAAGUCCUACGUCACCCACACAGUGAUGUCAUUUAUGGCGGGGUUCAUGGUUGGAGCAUUCGUGUCUGGUAUUGUCGCUGAUGCAUUUGGGCGAAAGAAAGGUCUACUGUUGAGCCUUGCUUUGCACAUCAUUCCUAACAUCGUCGUCACCUUUGUCAGUGACCUUUUGACCUUUAUGUGCCUGCGUUUCCUGUCGGGGGCAUCAGUUGGAGGUCUCUUGGCUGUGUCCUUUACUAUGAUAAUGGAAUUGGUAGGCCCGUCAUAUCGAAUGAUGUCCGGGAUCGCAUUGGAGUUUUUCUGGGCGUUUGGCGCUGUGGUUCUUGCGCUGCUUGCAUACUUGAUCAGGGAAUGGCGCUACCUUAACCUGGCCGUGUCUGUCCCCGCCUUACUAUUUAUACCUUAUAUAUGCAUUAUCCCAGAAUCCUCUAGAUGGCUGUUAACUAAAGGAAGAGAGAAAGAAGCCGAGGAUAUUCUCCGCCAUGCAGCUCGUGUUAAUAACCGGAAACUUCCCGAAAAACUCUUUGACUAUAAUGAAAAGUUCGAAAACGACCGAUGCAUUCCGGUGUGGCAACUGUGUGUAACGCCAAAACUUCUUUUCAGAUCUGUGAUUAUAUUUUUUAAUUGGAUGGUUGUCAGCAUGUUAUUCUUUGGCCUCUCUUUGAAUGUCGGAAACCUUGGUGGCGACAUCUACGUAAACUUCUUGCUAACAAGUCUGGCUGAAGUCGUGGGGUACUCGAUUCCUCUGGUAGCUCUCAAGUGUCUAGGUAGAAAACCAGUUUACGUUAGUGCUCUCCUUGUCGGUGGUGUUGCGUGUAUUUUGACCAUAUUCCCCGUCCUGUAUGGCGAUGCUAGCGUGCAGUGGAGCGUUGUGGGUCUGUCUGUUAUAGGAAAGAUCGGGGCCUCAACUGCGUUUGCCACUAUCUACCUCUUCUCUGCUGAACUUUUUCCUACCGUUGUCCGUAAUUCUGCCAUGGGAGUUAGUUCGCUGUGCGCUCGAAUCGGGGGAAUGAUAUCGCCAUACAUCGCUGUUAUUAAUGAAGUUAUAGGCGGAGAUUUGGGAGUCGCCAUGCCGCUAGUUGUGUUCGGCUUGUUUGCCUUUGUAUCUGGAUUGUUAGCGUUGGCACUUCCGGAAACUAAAGGGCGCCACCUACCGGAAUCUAUAAAAGACUCAAUUCAGUACACAAAUCAAACAGUAAUAGUGGAACCCAGUGACGGAAUUGACGCGUCACAACCUUUGACCCGUGAUUUAAUGACGGCACCAGAAGGCGUAGUAACUAUAAAAGAUAAAAAGUAGAAAAGGAAUCUCAUUUUAAAGUUAUCUUUUGUCCGAAAUCAUGAAUGUAUUCUUUAUAAACAGUAUGAUGCCACUUGCUGUGUGAUACACGUACGAGUUUUGAUUCGUUAUGGUCGGAACUCGAUCUUUAACUGGAUCUUUCUACAUGUGUAUAUAGUGUGCCAACAUUGGGAAAAAAUGUGGAAAUUUAUCUGAUCUGUUGGUACAGAUUGGAAACAGAUAGUUUCCAAUAUAGCACUAUGUUUUGUUGGUGCAUACUGUAAUAAUUUAAUUGCAACUGAUUCAUCUGGAUAGAGCAAUACGCUGCCUUAAUAAGUGAAUAAGAAAAGCCUCUUUAUUAUCGUUAGCGUUGGCAAGCUGAAUUUUAGUUUUAUAGCUCACCUAAGCCAAACCUUUUCUGAUUAAAAGUCCGUUGUCUGUCGUCAUUGUCGUAAACAUUUCCUAUUUCCAUCUUCUCAAGAACUUCUGUGCCAGUUUCAACCAAACUUGGUAUAGAGUAUCCUCGGGUAAAGAUAACUCAAGUCUAUGCUAAUGAUGGGCCACAGCCUUCUUCCAAGGAGAGGUAAUCACAAUUCAGUGAAAAAUAAAUUCUGUCUUUAAAAAAUCUGUUUCUCAAGAACCACAGAUGCAGGAAAGAUUUACUUAAAAAUAUAUAGGAAAAAUCUUCGUCUCAAUAACAGCAAAGCCAUGACUGGCCAUGGUUAUAUGGAAGCAUUCUCAGGUAGUGUAGAUUCAAAUUUUGUUCAAAUCAUGACUCCCGGGUGAAGGCUGGGGCCACAAAAGACGAUCCCAGUUUUACAUAAGAAGAUUUAGGGAAAAUCUUAUAAAAUAUUCGUCUCAAAAAAAUAGUAAAAUCAUAAUUGGUCAUACUUAUAGAAAGCAUCUUCAGGUAGAUUCAAAUUAAAUUUGUUAAAUCAUGCCCCCAUGCGGUAUUGCUGGUUCUCAAGAACAGCAAAGCCAUAAUUGGUCAUAUUUAUAUUGAAGCAUCCUUAGGUUGUUUAGAUAGAUUUGUUCAAAUCAUGGCCGGGGAUGGGUUAGAUGAUUGGUGGUGGGGGGAGGGGGGACAAAACGUAAGUUCAAACUUAAAGGGUAAAAUCCUCGUGCAAAGUUAGUCAAAAAAUAUCCAAACAUCAUUAGCUAGUGUUUAUAAAGUUUGAUAAAAUCACACUCACUCCCAUCUAGGGGUAGGUUGGGACCACUAAUGGAUUUAAACUUUUCAAUACUGAACUGAUUUCUCCUUUUAUUCUAGCCACAUGCAGUGCUCAGGUGAGCGAUGUGGCCCUUUGGUCUCUCUUAUGUUAGCUUUACCUGUCAGAGAUCAGCUAAUGCGACAGUAAGGUAUCCGUCGUCUGUCUGUCUGCCUGUCUAUCUUCUGUUUGUCUUCUGUCUGUAUGUGUUCAAUAACAGUUUUCAAAACCCUACGCCUCCUACAGUUUAACUUCAAUUUAAUUUAGCAUACAAGUAGACUUAUUCUUUAUAUCAAGUUUUGAUGACCGAUUUUGCUGUUGAAAUUAUAAUGUAAAAAUGUGCAAUGUUUUGAAUUUUGUCUGAUUUUUAAUAUGAUUUGACGUAGAAGAAGACCGAUUAAUUA